AUGCCAGUCCCUGCGUUCUGUGAGGUCUUCCACAGUCUUCAGCAGUUAUACGUAGAGGGGCCGCUUGAUUCUUACUUUAGCUUUAACAGUGAGUGGGGUGACACCACGAGCGGUGGAAAUCCAAUGCUGACAACCUGGCGCGAAAAUCCUCUCUAUUUGGUUCGCAACAGAGCUGAUGAACCAGUGCAAAUCAUAGGGAUGAUUCGUCAGCCCGACAAGCGGAGCCAGCUUCAUCGCCAGACAAGCCAGGAGCUAAACUACAUUCAGUGUGGGUUAAUUUUGGUGAAAAGCAUUGGCCAAGAGCGAAUCCCUACGUAUUUGGUGACACCAAACAAUCAUAUUACAGUCCACAAGGGGUUGUUUUUCAACAGCAGGGAGGUGGCCAAUAUUAUUACAGUGCCAGCCUCUUCCAUGUGUUACCUAGUGCCCACCACGAUGAUGCAUGGAAAGGGCAAGUUCAUUCUGUCUUAUUGGAUUUUGAACCAUGACAACGCCGAUGCGCUGAGUAUUGAGCGCGUUAAUGUCAAAGUGGCACGCCAUCUACCCGCGAUCUCCCACAUCGAUCUCUGUACAGGGAAAGAACGCGUAGAUUUCAAGGUAGAUGUCCCCACAGACGUUCACAUUCUCCUCAAACAGGAGCGAGCCUUCAAAAUGGAUGUGGGUGGUGAUGUAAUUGCUAAAGAUUUCGUUGCGCUUUAUUUGUACGACGAAGAUGACAAGCGAUUGUGCGGCGCAUUAACGGCCAUGAAUUACCGUGAAAAUGCCCUAGUGCAUCACUUGGAUUUUCCUGGCCGAUAUGCACUGCUCAUUACUUGUCCUGGUGCCAAAAGCACGGUUUCAUGUAAAUUAGAGAUUGUUGCACUGGAGGAAGCACACGUUCGCAUAACGGAUCCGCCGGAUGAUGCUAACGAGCUAAGUGAGAUUGAACUCUCGUUUCUUGAUCAGCAACCGAUGGGUGUGCCGCUCACCGAUUUUCCAUUGGAUCGCGACCCGAUCUUUCAGGAAGGGUUGGAGAUGCUUCAGCAGAUGUGCAACUCAAUGGAUAGUGACCCAGAUGCGAUUAUUGAGAUGGAGAAUCAUCUAAACGAACGUGUCCAUGAGCUAGCUAGGGAGAAUAUUGGAAGGCAGCGUGCGAAGUACUUGCUCAAUUGCAAUCUGGAAAAGUUAAAUCCAUAUUUGGACAGCAACCCAGAAUACAUGAAAUUAGAAACUACGCGCUACUUGCUCACUAAGGAUCCAAGAAACUCAAACAAGUUGCACAAGAUCGAGGAAGAGUUGCGCAAUUUGGCUAACACUAUCUCUGAACGCACAGUAGGGUUGGAUCUUAGCUUUCUCCGUCCCGAGUACGAAGGCAUCCCCACAGAUUUCCUCCGACUUAUCUAUGAUCCCGAAUUUUCUGAGAUGGCACAAAAACGUGCAGAUUUAAUGCGGGACUUCGGGCUCAAUGAUCUCGAAAUUGUCGAACUCGAGGAGAGCAUGCACACACGCGCUCGACAGAUUGCCUUCGAGCUGCACCACCAGGAGCGAUACUAUCUGGAUCCGAUGCCGUGUUCGAUUCCUCUGCAUUUUCUUCCCCUCAAUGAGGACGCGAAGCUUUGUGAGUUGGAGAAUCAGUUGCGAUCCCUUGACACAAGGUUCAAACGAAAUAUGAAUAUGAUUGCGAAAUUAAAGGUUACAAUCAGCAACCGUGUCAAUGAAAUCGCGAGUAUGACAAAAGAAAACGAGCGUAUGCGAUUUCUCAAUCAAAAGCCGCUAGGGAUACCGCUGGCUGAUUUACCGCUUGAUACCGACCAAGAGUUUCAUUCAAAUGAACUGAUGCGGCUUUCUCUGUGCAUGGAGGAUCCCAUCAAGCAUCAGAACGAGAUAAAAGCACUGGAAAAGGAACUUAGCAGACGGGCUAACGAGUUGGCUCUAUCCUUAAAAACGGAGUUGCGGACAUGCUUGGAUCCCGCGCCCUAUGGAUUCCCUCUCGAGGCGCUGGAGCUGGAUUCCAGGGAGGAUUAUACCACUCUCGAAGGCCGACUACGUGUUCUGAGACGUGAUAUAAAGCAAAAUGCCAACGGUAUUCAUGAACUUCAGCGCACCAUGAAGGAGCUUGUGGACUCUAUCGCGGCCACAAAAGCCGCUCAGGAUCGUCAAUUCCUCGACCAUGAGCCGGAGGGACGUCUCUUGAGCAGCCUCCAAUUGAGCGAGAAUCUGCAAUUCAUGCGUUUGGACGUCUUAUGCCGACAACUCCGCUACAAUAAAGGCAACCCAACAGAGAUACAGGAGAUGGAGGAUCAGAUGAACAACUUUGUGCAUGCCAUAGCGCAUCAGAUGAACGUUAAUGAACGACCACUCUACCUUCAGGCAGCCUUCAAAAAUAUCCCGUUGGAGGAUCUUCCACUGGACGAAGAUCCAGACUUCAUCUCGCUCGAAAUAAAGCGUCAGGUUCAAAAACGAGACCCAGAGCAAAAUGCCCGAGCCAUUAGUGGAACGGAGAAGAAGCUCAAUGAACGCGCCAUGGAGCUCGCCAAGCGGAAGCUCGCCGCUGACCGCUCCUUUUUAGACCCGGAGCCACAGGGAUUACCGCUUAACCUUCUGCCAUUCGAAACUGAUGAAUACUUUUCCUUCCUAGAGGUGCAGCGUGCUCGGUUGAAGAAAGGAGGACGACGGAAUGCCAAGGCUAUCGCAAGAAUUGAGGAGGAGCUCAAUCUUCGCCUGCAUCAACUCGCACAGCACCUGAAGGAAAAGGAGCGGGCCAAAUUUUUGGAGCCGAAGCCCAAUGGUAUCCCAUAUGAAGACCUUCCUUUGGAUGCGGACCAGGAGUUCUGUGAUAUGGAGGUACACCGCUUACUCCUGAAAGAGUCGUCGCAUCCAGACGCAGAGGAGAUUCGGGAGCUUGAGGAAGCCUUGAAUGAGCACGCCCUUGAGUUGGCCAAGAAGAAGAAGGAGGAGGAUCGUGCCUUUCUGGAUUCAUGUCCGUUGGGCUUGCCGCUGAAGGAGUUGGCACUCGACGCGUUUCAGCCGUUUCUGACGAAGGAGGCAAAACUGCGUGUACUCCGUCGCAAUCCAAUGGAUAAUGCUGCGGAGAUCAAUGUUUUGAUGGAUGAGCUAGCUUCGAUGGUGAAGCAGAUCGCGGCUGAGGAGCUGGAAAAGCACCGCAUGUUUCUUGAUCCGGAUCCAAGGGGCCGUCUUCUGAAAGAGCUGCCUCUUAAUACGGACACUGUAUUUCGGGAUCUGGAGAACGAAUACAGGAAUUUAAAAAAACUCCCCAGAAUGGAGUGCCAGAAGUUGGCUGAUUUAGAGGAACUAAUGAACGAACGCGCCCAUGAGCUCGCCAAGAUGAUAAAUGCAGCGGAACGGGGAAACUACCUACAUCCAGCACCAAGGGGUAUCGCGUACGAGAGUCUGCAUCUCGAUGAUGAUGAGGAGUUUAGACAGCUGGAGGAGCAGCGCACUCGCUUGUGUCGGUUUACAGCUAAAAAUAAGAAAGCCAUUGAGGACAUUGAGCUCGCACUAAACUUGCGUGCCGAGGAAGUGGCUCAGGAGCAGAUUGAGGCGGAUCGCGGGUUUUUGGAUACAGAGCCGGAGGGUAUUCCUAUCAAGUACGUACCCCUUCACGAAGACGCGAGGUUCUGUAAGUUGGAGGAAGAGCGCAUGGCUCUCAAAACCCAAGGUAAGCCAGCGAACAAUCAAUUGAUCCAUCAGAUAGAAGAUGAAAUGAACCUUUGCGCGCAUGAGAUAGCCAAAGCCUUGAAGAAAAAGAUUCGAGAGGAUAUUCUCCCAGAGUUUCCAGGAGGUAUUAGCCGAGAUGUUCUCACACUGGAUGAUGACACACCGUACAGUGACCUUGAGGCCGCUUUCAUUCGAGCCCGAGGCGAGGGAGAAAACCCCGAGCGAGAGAAUGAUUUGGCGGACGCCAUGGCUAAACGUGCCGUGGAUGUGGCCUUCAUGGUCCGUGAGGACGAACGUGCACAGCUUGACAUACCAUUCGGGUUUUCAUCGAGCGAAUUGCCACUAGAUGAAUGCGAGGAGUACCUUGCCAUUGAGGCGGAGCUGUGCACACUGCGUGCCAAUCCCGACUCGGAUCCACAAAAAAUCACCGCCAAGACGAAUAAGCUUAAAGCGUUGAUUCUUGAAUUGGCCAAAAAACAGGCUGCGGCGGAGCGUCAGUUUCUCGAUCCUGAGCCCGAGGGCCGUGCUUUGGAGGAACUCAAGAUAGACGAGGAUCCGGCCUUCUGCAAGCUAGAGGAGCAAUACCACCGCGCGAAGAGGAAUCCGUACUGCGACCAGGAACAACUAUCCUCCCUGGAGCAGGCCAUGCACGUACGGGUUUGUGAAUUAGCACAUCAGAAGAACGCCGCCGAGCGCACGACCUACCUGAACCCGAGGCCGCGUAAUAUUCCUCUAAUGGAGCUGCCACUCGAUACGGAUGAAAUCUUCAUCAAACUCGAGGGACAGCGCGCGAAGCUGUGCCGUGAGCCGAACUGGAACGUACCGGCGAUUAAAAUAAUUGAGGAAACUCUUAAUGAGCGGGCUAUUAAACUAGCUGAGGAGGCCAUCAAAAACGAUCGCAUUUUCCUCAAAGAUGAGUCUGAGGGUGUACCACUACGUCAGAUACCCUUUGAACAAGAUAAGGAAUUUUUAGAGCUAGAAGAGAAACGUAUGGCUCUGAAGAACGACCCCAAAGCUAACCGCGCGACAAUCCGAGGCCUAGAGGAUCAGCUCAACGAGCGGGUUUGUGUUCUGGCACGUGAGGUGAAGCAGAAGUACCGCAAAUAUUUCAACCAAAAUGCUCUAGGUAUUCCCAUUGAUCAUCUUAUAUCCCGUAUUGAUGAGGAUGAACAACUAAACGAUCUGGAGGAGAAGUAUCGUGACGCAAUGCAGGAUUCGACAAAGGAAAAGGUCGCUGCUCAACUCCUUGAUCAAAUAAACGAUCGUAUUCGCGAGAUUUCACAAAACGUGCAUGAAACCGAGCGAGCUCUUUUGAUCCAGGACUCAGAUGGCAUACCUCUCUCUGCGCUUCCGCUCAAUGAGGACAUCACCUUUCUCAAGCUCGAAAACACGAUUCGAGAAAUUGCUAAAGAGAGGCCGAGGGAUCCGCGUCUUGAGGAACUGCGAAUGCAGCUUGACGACCAUGCCAAGAAACUGGCCAUUGAGUCUCGUAAGCAGUACUGCAAUCCUUCUCCGGGAGGCCUUCCGCUGGAGCUUUUGAAGCUUGGCGAGGAUAGGGACUUUCUCGCGCUUGAGGCGCAACUGCGGCGUCUGAAGCAGAAUCCCGUAGCGAAUCGUCAAAAAAUCACCGAGCUGGUGGAGGAGCUGAAUGGAAAAGCCUGCGCGAAGGCCAAGGGGAUGCUGGAAGGAGACCGGGGCUAUCUCAACGACAAGCCUGAGGGGAUCCCUCUGGAGAAUAUUCCUAUCGACAAGGAUGAGAAGUUUCAUCAGAUGGAAGUUGAGCGGAUGCAGCUCAAGUCUGAGGGUGAGUUUUGUAACGUCAAGGCGAUUGUUGACCUGGAAAUCAAGCUCAACGAACGCAUCCACGAGCUGGCGAAGGAGAUGAAGGAGAGCGAAAUAUCCACUCUAGCGAAAGAUCCUAUGGGUAUUCCCCACAAUAUUAUUAAGCCUCACGAUGAUCCAGAGUUUGCUGCCAUGGUUGAGCAGUUGCGUGUGUUGAAGCUCCAGCCACAAACCAAUGCUACCGCCAUAAAGGAGUUAAAAGAGUGCAUGAACGCACGUGUGACGCUGUUAGCGAUGAAUAUGCUUCAGGACGAGCGCGCACGCCUGAAACUCAACCCUGAGGGGGUGCCACUCGAGAUACUGCCUCUUACCCAGGAUCUCAAGUUCCAUAAACUGGAGCUGGAGCGUAUCAAACUCAAAUCAUUGGACCCGGUUCGAAACGCGAAACGGAUUGAGGAGCUAGAGGCCCAGCUGGUUGAGCGUGUUCACGAGCUGGCCGAGGAUCAGAAGCGGGAAGACUUAUCUGGGGUAGACCCCAACCCCGAGGGCAUCCCCCUCACGAUCCUAGACCCCUACUCCGACCCCACGUUUUGUUCCUACCUCCCGACUUUGCGUACGUUAAAGUCCAAACCUCUCGCCAACAAGGCCCCCAUCGGUGAGCUUCAGGCGAAGAUGUACAAACGUUGCCAGGAGCUAGCCAACGACCGGCUGACCAGUGAGCGUCUGACCUACCUGUUACCUUCCCCGAAAGGGGUCCCGUUGAAGCUCCUCAGUCUCACCCACGACGCUCCUUUCCACGGCCUCGAGGCGCAGCGGUACGUCUUGAAGGCGCAGAACCCCCGCCGCAACGCCGACCGCCUCCGCGAGCUCGAGCACCGCCUCAACCGCCGCGCCGAGGAGCUCGCCGAGCAGCUUCGUCGGAAGGAAUUGGAAGGGCUGGAGGAGGCCACGGAAGGGAUCCCUCCGGCGGCCCUCAAGCCUCACGACGAUCCCGCUUUUUCCGCGUUGGUGCGGCGGCUACGGGAGCUCACACCACGCGCCCCUUCGGAAGAGCUUGUUGCCCUCCGACGGGAAAUGGCGGGGCGGCUGCGGGAGCUCGCGCGGGCGGCGGUGCAGGGGAGUCGAGGGUACCUCGACCCCGAGCCCCAGGGCGUUCCCUUGCGUUUCCUCCCGCUCGACACCGACCCCGUCUUUCACGAGCUCGAAUGCGAACGACUGAAGCUGCGGGCGACGGGGGUUCACCCCGAGGCUCGCGCCGUGAAGGAGCUCGAGGCGCAGCUCAACAAUCGCGCCCACGAGCUCGCGCUCGCGCAGCACGCCGAGGAUCUGCGGCAUCUCACCGCGGACCUGCACGACCUCCCGCCGGAGGUGCUUCGGUUGCAUGAGGAUCCGGUGUUUAAAGGGCUCGCGGAUGAGCUGCGGGCGGUGCGGGAGGGCCCCAGCCCGCAGGACUCCGCCCUCAUGACGGAGGUGGUAUCGAAGAUGAACUGUCGGGCGCGCGAGCUGGCGGAUGCCGCGAUGGGUCGCGACUACCUCGACCAGAACCCGGAAGGGGUUCCGCUGGAGAUCUUGCCCCUCGAUACGGAUCCGCUGUUUCAUGAUAUUGAACUCGAGCACGCCAAACUGAAGCUCAAGAAACUGCAACGCAACGAUCAGAAGCUCAAAGAUCUGGAGGAUCAGCUCAACGACCGUGCCCAUGAGCUCGCCGCGCUGCAGCUGGCGGAGGAUCUGUCCGGUAUCGACCAGGCCCCCGAGGGCAUCCCGCUUGAGCUGCUCAGACCCGCAAGCGACCCUGAAAUCGCCGCGAUGAUUCCAUACUUACGGGAGUUAAAGCGGGACCCCGAGACGAAUGCGAGCAGCAUCCGCGAGCUCGAGGAUCUCAUGAACAACCGGGCGUACCAGCUAGCCGAUCAACUUCUUGAUGGCGACCGGGAUUACCUCGAUCCGGAGCCGGCAGGUGUGCCGCUGGGUUAUCUUCCCCUCACCGAGGACAUUGACUUCUCAACAAAGGAGGUCGAGCGGGCGAAGCUCAAGGCGAAGGACCCGAUACGAAAUGCGCGAUACAUCCAGGAGCUUGAGGUCGCCUUGAACGAGCGUGUUCGACAGCUCGCGGAUCGGAAGAUAAAGGCGGAACUCGCCUUGUUUGAACCCCAAUACGACGGUAUUGACACCGCCUCGCUGCGCCCGCACCAGGACCCCAUCUUCUCUCAACUAAUCAACCAAAUGCGUGUGUUGGAAAGUGAGGGCAAAUCAAACGAGGCCAAGAAGCUCCUGCCGGAUCUGGAUGCUCGCCUGGUGGAACUUACCAGGGAGCAGAAGGAGGGUGACCUGUGGUUUCUCAAAAAAGAGGUGGAAGGCCUCAGCAUCGAAGACGUGCCCUUUGAUUCGGAUGUUGAAUUUAUCAAGUUGCGGAAAAAACGUGCCGAGCUCAAAACCAGCGAUCCCCGUCAUAGCGUGCAACAAAUUCGUGAUCUUGAGGAUCAAAUGAACAGCCGUGUAUGCGAGUUAGCUCGGGGUAUUCUAGACCACGACUUUGACGGCGUUAAUAGCAACCCGUACGAUGUGCCUCUCGAAAUGCUGAAUCCGCGUGAGGAUCCGAAGAUUGCCCGAAUUCUUCCCGAACUUCGCCGUGCUAAACGAAGCGCUUGGAGCUCAAAGGCAGCGGCGGAGCUGCAGAAAAAGCUGGUCGAUCGGGUUGACGAGCUCGCGCGGAUCGCCCUGCAGGGGGAUCGUCUGAUCUACCUCGACUCCCAUUCUGGCGGCGUCAUGCCGGAAUACCUCCCACUGGAUACGGACCCCAUCUAUCACGGUUUGGAGGUGGAACGAGCACGACUGAAGCUCAGCCAUCCCGGUGGGAAUGUGGCUCAGAUCGAGGAUCUGGAGGAGCGUCUUAAGCAGCGGGCGCAGGAACUCGCCAAGGAGGUCAUCGCGGAGGAUCUUAAGAAUCUCGAUCAGACCCCACGAGGCAUUCCGAUUGAGUAUAUUAAACCACACGACAACGUCGAGUUUAUCCAACUUGCGCUUUGGGCUCGUGAGCUCCGCCGAGAUCCACACUACAGCAAGUCAAAGCUGAAGGAAGUUGAGGAAAAGAUGAACGACUUGAUCAUUGAAAUGGCGGACCAAGCCAUGAAAAACAGCCGUAGCUUUCUGGAUCCCACUCCUGCCGUGGUGUCGAUUGACAUACUUCCUCUCUCGGAAGAUCCCGUGUUUCACAACCUCGAGGUUCAGAGAGCAGUGCUUAAAACAGAGAAUGCCGCGGAGAAUGCAGGGAAAAUCGGUAAGCUAGAGGAGAAGCUCAAUGAGCGUCUUCAUGAGCUUAUCGAAGAACAAAAACGGAAAGAUUUGUGUAUGAUUAACAAAUGCCCCAAUGGUGUACCCGCGGAGCUACUGCAUCCUCAUGACAAUGAGGAAUUCGCCUCAUUGUUAAUCGAAUUGCGACGUCUGAAAAAGAACUAUUCGCAUCGCAGCAGCCUUCGUCUAGAGAAUGUGCAGACUACGCUCAAUUCCUUGCUUAAUAAUCUUGCUACGGACUACCUUGCCGAGGAUCGUGCGCGUUACCUGAGCCCCGACCCACAGGGCAUCCCGCUAAACCUUCUCUCACUUGAUCGAGACGCUAAAUUUAAAUCCCUUGAGAACGAGCGACUGAAUCUCAUCAAUAACGACCCGAUCGGCAACAAGGACGCUAUCCUGGAGUUGGAAAAGUCUCUGAAUGCGCGUAUUAACGAAUUCGUGAAGGAACUUCUAAGAAGCGAGCGCGUCCAUUUGGUUCAGAAUCCGAUGGGGGUACCGCUUUCUGCUUUGCCUCUUGAUACAGACCGUGUGUUUGCCGAUCUCGAGAGCCAACGACUAACUCUUAAACUGAAAAACCCGAUCAAAAACUCUGCGGAGAUCUAUGAAUUGGAACUCCAGCUGAACGAUCGUGCUGUGCAACGUGCACUGAGUCAGAUGGAGGACGAACUUCGCUUCAUGGAAGAUAAUGUGGAGGACCUCCCGGUUGCGAUUCUUAAGCCCUAUAAUGACUCAGACUUUGUGCGUAUAAUGAAUACCCUCCGUGAGCUGAAACAGGGUGAUCCGGAAGCAUAUCCCCAGCGAAUCAAAACCCUAGAGGACGCCUUAAAGAAUCGCAUUCAUGAACUUGCUGAUGUUGCACUUCGUGGGGAUCGACGAAUCUAUUUAGACUCAAGUCCCAAGGGCGUGGACCUCAACGCAAUCCCUCUUGACAGCGACAAGUCUUAUCAUCAGAUGGAGGUGGAGCGUGCGAUGCUGAAGUUAAAGGGAUCGCAUCAAGAUCAAGCGAAAAUUGCUGACCUUCAAGGACGUCUUAAUGAGCGGGCACACGAAUUAGCCAACAAGAUUCUGGAGAAUGACUUAGUGGGGCUUCAAGACAUGCCAUUUGGUGUGCCUGUAAAGAUUUUGAACCCGCAUAAUGAUGACUUCUUUAACACAUUGGCGCUCCAGCGCCGCAGUCUUCCUAAAGAUGCCAGUUCUUCGGAUAAUUCCCACAUCGUAAAUCUUCUGAAUGAACGCCUGGUGGAGUUGGCAAAGGAGUUACUCGUUGGAGACCGGGCGUCCUUUUUGGAGAGCAAUCCGUGUGGAACACCGCUGUUCCUUCUUCCCUUAGACACCGAUCCCGAGUUUCACAGUUUGGAGGUGGAGCGUGCAAAGCUCAAAGCGGAGGGUCCCAAGCUGCAUAGUGUUCAACUUUCGAAUCUUGAGCACUCCUUGAGAAAACGCGCGUGUGAGCUCGCGAAGGAGUCACUGUUAAGUCACCGCGACUAUCUGGUUCCUUUUCAGUGCAAUGUUGAGAUUAGUGAGCUUCCCUUGGACGCGGAUGUACAGUUUCACAAGAUGGAAGUGGAGCGUGCGAAGCUGAAGGCGCAGGAUCCGGAGAAGAACGCCGAACAAAUCGCCAGUCUUGAGAAUCGCCUCAACGACCGUGUGCAUGAAUUGGCCCUGAAACAGCUGCAUGAGGACUUGGAGGGGUUGGAUCCGAUCUCACAUGGUAUCCCGAUAGAAUCGCUCGACUUGCACAGCAACCCUGAGUUCAGCACCUAUGUAUCGGAGCUGCGUAGACUCAAGCUGAAUCCGUCAUUGAACGCGCCCAAAAUCAAGGACCUUCACGCCAAGAUGAACGCCUGCGUCGACGGCUUAACACGACAGAAGAUUGAUGAGGUGCGUCAGUUCCUAGGAACGCAUCAGGAGGGGGUGGCGCUUACCCAACUCCCUUUGGACAGCGACACGGUAUUCACCAAUCUCGAGCAAAAGCUACUUCUCCUUCUCUAUAGCCCCCCUCCUCAGGAUGACGAAAAGAUAGCCCAUUUGAAAGAUCAGAUGCUCAACCGCGUCCGUGAGUUGGCCCGAGAAAAGAUUCAGGGUGAUCGCGGUUACUUAGACCCAGAGGUGGACGGGGUACCCAUUAUAUUCGUUCCUAUUGAUACGGACGAGCGCUUCCGAAAGCUGGAGGCGACAUGCGCGAAGUUGAGGGAGAACCCGGUGGAAAACGCCGAUGCUAUUUCCAAUGUCGAAGACCAACUGAGGAAACGCGUGCGCGAGCUAGUUAUCGAGGGUAAAAAUGCCGAUCGUGCUUUCCUAAAUGAAACCUCGCACGGUAUUCCCAAGAAAUACCUACCCUUUGAAAUCGAUAUUGCGUUCAAGAAAAUGGAACAUCAACUCCGUCGGCUCAAACAAAACCCUCGUCGAAAUGCAGCGGCCAUUGAGAAGCUUCAGUGUCUAAUGCAAGAUCGCGCGGAUGAGUUAGGUGAAAUGAAGCUCAAGGGGAAACGAGACCAGUAUUUGGAUCCUACGCCGGAAGGCCUUCCUAUUAGCGAGCUACCCCUGGAUAGUGACCCGGCCUACCACAAAAUGGAAGUGAAGUUAGCCCUACGCAGAGCGGAUGGUGUGUUAGACGAUGCAGACGAAAUUUCUGCCUUGGAAAUGGCCCUUAACAAGCGCGCCCACGAGCUCGCAAGGGAGCAGAUCACGAGAGAUCGAGCCUUCCUGGACCGGGCUCCGGAAUGCGUUUCGAUCGAGGAUAUACCGCUUGACUCGGACCUCAAUUUCCUGCGUAUGGAGGACUACCUCCGGAUCCUCAAGAAAGAUCCUCGCCAUAACGGAGCGGCAAUUAAAGAAACCCAGGAAAAGAUGCAACAUUGGCUGCACGAACUGGCCAAGGGGAUCAUCUUAAAUGACCUUGCUUGCCUGCCGGAGACGAAGUACCGUGGCAUACCAAGGGAACUGCUGAACUUGCAUGCAAAUGCGAAAUUCAGCAGCUUGGCUAAUGAGCGCCGUGCUGCGUUGAGGGAGGGAAAAGAGUUGGAUAAGGUCCAGUCGGUUGAAAAAGAAAUGCAUGCAAUCGCCUUAGAGGUUGCUAAUGAUCAGAUUAGCGCUGAGCGAGCCUUCCUGGACAAGUUCCUAGAGGGUAUGUCUGUAAAUGAUUUGCCGUUGGACGAAGACAAGGAAUUCGUUUCUCUUGAGACAGAGCGGCGCCGCUACGCGACCAAUCAGCAGUUUGCCAAGCAUAAGGAGAAUAUCAUUCAGGAUUUGGAAGAAAGGAUGAUUGAUCGCGCGAACUAUUUGGUAAAGGAGGAAUUUGCCAAGAUGCGUGAGACUAUGGAACAGGAGCCCGAGGGCUUGCCUCUCAGUCGGAUCCCGCUUGACUUCGACCCUGAGUUCAAAGAAGCGGAGAUUGCGCGUUUUAAUCUAAAGAAGCAGCCGAAUCCAGACUUGAAGAAGCUUGCUAAGCUUGAAAAACGCAUGAACGAUCGCGCACAUGAGUUGGCAAGAAAGGAGUUGGCGAAGGAUCAGAGUUUUCUGAACCCUGCGCCGCUGGGAGUAUCCCUGUUAUGUCUUCCUCUUCGAAGCGAUUUUCGUUUCAACGAGUUGGCCAAACAGCGUCAGGCUCUCAAGAACACCGAUCAACGUAAUCCUGAGGCUUUGCGCAAACUAGAGGAUCAAAUGAACGACCGAGCGCAUGAGCUGGCGCAGGAAUACCUUAACUGCAACCGUGAGUACCUCGACCCGAAUCCACAGAACGUACCCCUUGCCGAUCUCCCACUCAACCGGGAUCCUAUCUUCCGUGAGAUGGAGAAUGAGCUGCUUCGGAUGAAGAAAGACGCCGUGACGAAUCCAGAUGCUAUUUUUCAACAACAGGAUGACCUCCGUCGACGCACUGACGAACUUGCCAGGGAGUUACUGCGCAAGGAGAGAGCUAUGCAGGAUCAGGCGCCACUCGGCGUGCCGCUUGAGGAACUGCCCUUGAAUUAUGAUCCCAUCUUGAACGCGUUAGAGCGGAAGCGGCGCGAUUUGAAUAGGGAUCCAAGGCCCAACACUGAGGUCCUUUCCAGACUUAGGGACGAGAUUGAACGACGCGUUCUUGAGAUAGCUAAAGAAUUUCUGAGCAAGGAGCGGACUUUCUUGGAUCAGAAUCCAAGCGGCAUCCCACUCUCCUGCUUGCCACUAAACACCGACCGCGAUUUCCAGGAAAUGGGGAAGGAGCUACGGGGGUUGAAGAAGCAGCCAGUGAAGAACAAAGUCGCUAUAGAGGAUCUUAUGGAGCGCAUGCACGAUCGCGUCAAUUUGCUUGCGCAGGAGCAGCUUGACCGAGACCGGAAGUUCCUCGAUCCCGAGCCGCUUGGCGUUCCUUUGUCGAACUUACCACUUAAUCGCGAUUCCAUCUUCAAAUCAUUGGAAAGUCAACGCCGCGUCCUUGUGAAGGAUGCUUACGUCGAUGCGAAGACGAUUUCCAACUUAGAAAAGCAGCUAAAUGAUCGCGCCCAUGAGCUGGCGCGAGUUUUACUGGACGAGGAGCGGGCCUUCUUGCCGCAGGACCCACAGGGUGUGCCGCUUCGGGAACUCCCGUUGGACAACGACAAGGCGUUUCGUGAAAUGGAACAAAAGCUGCGAAAAGUCAAGAAAGACCCUGGUAAGAAGAUCUCUGUAAUCGACGAGCUGAAGCGGGAUAUGAUAAAGCGGGUAGAGAUGCUAGCUAAACGCUAUAUAAUGGAUGGACUCGUUUAUUUGAAUCCAGAGCCGCUGGGGGUACCAUUGGCAGACUUGAAUUUAUCAAACGAUCCGGAGUUCUGCAGGUUAGAGCAGGCCUACGUCAAGGUUAAGAGGGACCCCAAGGAAAAAGGUCUCGCUGAUAAGCUGGUGCAUGAACUUAAUGAAGUCGCUAAACGCGUCGCUGCUAACUUCCUCAAACAGGAGCGUUCCUAUUUGUAUCAAAAGCCGGAAGGAAUCCCGUUGGAGACCCUACCGCUGAACGACGAUGUGGAGUUUCGUGCGAUGGAGGUUGACCGCCGUAGGCUGAAGAAAGACCCGAGCAAAAACGCCAAUGCGAUUCGAAAGCUUGAGGAACGCAUGAAUAAGCGCAUCGUGGAGCUCGCGAAGAUCAAAAAGGGUUACCAAGACCCCGAGUUUCACGCUUCAAACAAUUCUGUUGCCGAGAAGUGGACUCACAUUUGCGACCUCUACCCUGAUGGGGCACGUGAGGCAAUUGUUCCCGAGAAAACGCUCCCGUCGGAUGUGUGCUCCGCACCAGGCGAUGCGAGCUUCCUUGCCCCUCUCAUCGCGGCGUUAGCACGCCAUACUGUUCUCAUAUCACGCCUGUUUCUUGAUAAGUACCACCCGAAAAAUCAGCCCUACCGAAUUACCCUUUUUAACCCGGAUGGAUCCCUUACGGUGGUGGAGAUUGACGGUCGUGUGGCGUGCAACCGGAAAGGGGAGCCGAAGUUCCUUCAGACCCCCCCUCGUAUAUGUUACCCGCUGCUGCUGGAGAAGGCCUACGCGAAGUUCCUCGGGGGCUACCCCAAAUUCAGCACCUGCAACGUCCACGAUACGCUGCGGGAUUUAGUCGGCCGGCCCGUCAUGAACAUUUCACUCGAGGAUCCCAAACUGACGGCGGAGACCUACGCGGGGAGCUACGCCACCCUUUCGUUUUGGCUGCGCGUCGCGAAGGAUCUCGUCGACGGCGACGUCUUCGUCGCGAUGGCGAAUCACGCCGUUCCCAACGGCUUCCGUGCGCUCUGCAGCUACCCCCUUCUGGAUGUGAUUCUGAAAGGAGGCAACGACGACGGCGCGCUGGAGCUCAGCGAUGUGGUGGUGAAGUUGUACAGCUGUUACUUCGACAAGCUGACGCCCUCGGACGCGAACGACGGCGCGUCUGGGGAGGCAAACGUGAUGCUCGUACCGGUGCCCGUCUUCCUCGCGAAUUUCACCUGCCUCCAGCGCUGCCGCAUCAACUGCGGGAAUCGCCUGAGCGCGCCGGGGGAGUGGACCGCAGAGACGUCCGGUGGGGCUCCUCGCUACACGACUUUCCAUCGUAAUCCGAUUUAUCUCGUUGAGAACAAAUCCUUGAAGCCUUCUAAGAUAAUCGUCGAGGUGCGGCACGUGGAGCCGCUCGAGGGGAGCGGGGCGGACAGCCCUCGAUACCCCUUCUCAGGAGUCUCGCUGAUGCAGCCGAUAGAUGCGAAGCUGCCACCGACGCCGUUCAUCACGGACGGUACGCAUCGGAUGCUUCAAAAGGGCGUGAUGCUCAAUUCGAGGGAGGUUUGCGUGGAGAUGGAGCUGCCGGCGAGUUCGGUAGGGUAUUUAAUCCCCUUCACCAAAGACCGCGGCACCACGGGGCGGUUUAAGUUAUCUAUCUAUCCGGGGUUCUCCAACGUGACGUUGACUCCGCUACGCCAUGCUGGGCUCACCUUCAGCCCGCUGCAUUGUCAGCUUACGGUGCCGGAGGACGAGGAGGGAACGCGGGUUGAUUUUCUAUUGAGUAGCGCUUGUGAUGUGCAUAUUUUAAUGCACCAAACCAAGGUGACGGAUCCGAAAAGUAUCCAACGCGGCGAUACCAUCGGCGAAAGUGAGUUAAUGAUGAUUGUGUUCAACGAGUACGGGAUUAAGGUUGGUACCACGAGAGGGCCGUCAAACGCUCGCGAGCAGUUAAUAGUGUUUAAGGCACCACAAGGGGGUCGCUACUCGCUCGUCAUGUACUGCAGUGGCUCUACAACGGAAGGACCAUGUACCGUGAAUGUGGAUAUCUACACAUCUAAGGACGUUCAAAGCAAACUCGUGCCCGUUCCCCCCGAUGCGAGGCGGCUAAGCCUGCAUGGGAAUCGCCGUUUUCCAUGCUGUCGGAGGUCGCUGACGUCAUCUAAUAUCUCGCGCAAUGCUAGUCGCGAUCGCCGAUUAAGCAAAAUCAGCGGUGGCAGUACACACAACAAUUACCAAACAGAAACGUCCCGGAGUCCUAAUAAUUCACAUCACUAUUCACAGUAG